AUGGGUCGACCAAGCCCCAGAUCUUUGCUCAUCGCCCAUGUCGCCGACGUCGCCCUUGUCGCCGUGUUCGGGACCGUGCGGCGCUGCAACGAGUGGCUCACAGGCGCGCGCUUUCGCGUGCAGACGAUCUCAAAGGACAGGCUUAGAAGCGAGGCGGAGCGGGAGGAGUUGCGGCGGGAAGUUGCGCUGAUGCAGCAGGUUGGCGCAAGCGGAGCGGGGGAGGCGCAGGGAAUGGCGCAUCCCGGGGUGGUACAGUUGUGCGGAGUUUUCGAGGACGAGCAUUCAGUGCAUUUAGUCAUGGAUCUGUGCGAAGGCGGCGAACUGUUUGACGAAGUCGUGCGACGCGGGCGACUGAGCGAACACGACGAUGCAAACGUGUUCGCGCAGGUCGCAUCGGCAGUCGCACACUGCCACACGCGAGGCGUCUUCCACCGCGAUCUCAAGCCCGAAAACAUCUUGCUCACGCACGACCCCUCCGCACCGUUCCCCACCGCACCGCUAACCACAAAACUCGCGGAUUUCGGCCUCGCGGUUCCCCUGCAAUCAGGCGAUCGCGCAAAGGGCGUCGCGGGAUCUCCGUUCUACAUGGCGCCUGAAGUUCUCCUCGGCGAAUACGCUUUAGAAGCCGACGUCUGGUCCCUGGGCGUAAUCCUGUACAUCUUGCUCUGCGGCGCGUCGCCUUUCUGGGGCCCGAAGGAUAAAGAUGUGUUUGUGGAGGUGCUUAAAGGUGUAGUGGAUUUUAGUGGCGAGGAGUGGGCGGGAGUGUCGGAGGAAGCAAAGCGGCUCAUGCUGUGCCUGCUGCAGAGGGAUCCCCAGCGACGCCCCACUGCCGCGCAGAUUCUUUCCCAUCCCUGGAUCCUCCGGCAUCGCCAAACCAGCGUGGUAGGUUCAGAGACAGGCUCAGUAGCAGGUUCGGGUUACCCGUUGGCUCUGGGUGUAGGUUCGGAUUUGAGGGCAGGCGUGGAAGCAGCUUCUGCGAUGGUGGUGUGA